CAGCUUUCGGUUUUUAUCAUACCGUCAUGUUGAACCAGGCUAGUCAGUUUCACCUCAAUGCAUUGAUCCAGAGCUCGAAAAAAGGUUUUCUUCGAAUUUUCGCAUUCAGCUGCUGGUAAUGAACUCUUAUAAGACUUGUUCGCCGCCUGGACCUGCGUAUUAUACCUUCCUCUAUGAUAAUUUACCUUCUAUGCUUCUUAGAUCGGUCUAAUAUCGGUAAUGCUAAAGUCCUCAAUGGUGAUGACAAUUCUUCCCUUCAACAAACCACACACACUUCGAACGAUGAAUUCAACACUGCGUUAAUGGUCUUCCUUGUUGCCUAUAUUCUAUUCGAAACCCCCUCCACUUACAUGCUGAAGAAGUUUCGGCCGAGUCGGUGGAUCGCUUUCUUGAUGUUCGGUUGGGGUUGUAUGACAAUGUGUUUGAGUGCUGUGCAUAAUUUUGCGCAGCUCGCAGCCCUCAGGUUUCUGCUGGGGAUGUUCGAGGCGGGUUUGUUCCCAGGACUGGUGUAUUUUUUGACAUUUUGGUAUAAACCCGAGGAACGCGCUCUACGUGUAGCUCUCAUUUUGGCAUCUGCCACCCUCGCGGGUGCGUUUGGUGGUGCCAUUGCCUUCGGAAUAGGUAGUAUGAAUGGUGUUCAAGGUCUACAGGCGUGGAGAUGGUUGUUCCUCAUCGAAGGCGUACCGGCUUGCAUCUCUGCUUUGCUUGUCUUUUUCUUAUUCCCUGAUUACCCGGAAAUUGCUCACUGGCUCACCGACGCGGAGAGGUACAUAAUAAUAAAGAGACUCAGUGGCGCUGCAUCAGUCGGACACGAUAAAUUGACAUGGAAGGAAUCCAAGGAGACUUUGAUGGACUGGCGGCUAUAUGUUCAUUACCUGGUUUACAUCUGUAUCUCUGUGCCAUUCUCCAGUAUUUCACUCUUUGCGCCUACCAUCGUAUCUGGUCUCGGGUACCGUGGUCUCGAUGCCCAAUUAUUCACAGUUCCACCGUAUGCUAUUGCCUUCGUCGUCACUGUUAUCGUAUCGUGGUUAAGCGACAGGCAUGAAGCACGCUCUUGGGGUUGUAUGAUAUCCUUACUUAUUGCUGGGAUAGGUUUCAUAGUUGAAGGCGCACUACACCCAACAGCAUUUAAAGCCAGAUACUCUGUACUUUGCGUCGCCGUGUCAUUUUCUUUCUCAAGCAUACCACCACUACUUUCGUGGCUUACCGGAAAUCUGAGAACUACAACAUCCGCUACCUUGAGUGUGCCGUUAAAUGUUUCAUUUGGUGGGAUUGGCCAGAUUAUCGGUGUCUACAUCUACAAAGCAAGCGAGUCGCCAGGUUACCCUACUGGGCAUUUUAUAAAUGCUGGGUUCGCGCUGUUUGGCUCAACGUUGGCCUUGUGGUUACGAAAAUUGUACUUGAGACGGAACAACCAACUCGGGGAGGGGGAUCGGAGAUGGCGUCUAUAAAGACCGUAACGUCUUGAGAUUAUAUGAAGUCUCCUUUGGCUACUAGUCUACAGCUCGUAGCGACGACUACUCGAAAAAGAAAGAAAGGAAAAAGAUUAGGUGGAACUCUUAACGUGGACGGACUGGUUCAGAAGACACGCAUAGAGAAAAGCAGACCGGAAAAACAUGAAGACAAGUAAUAGGUACAGCAAUACGAAAGACCUCAGCCAUCAUUUGGCACGCGC